AUGGCAGACGUCGUGGAAGUCAAGGAGCUGCUGCGCCAGGUCUGUAGGUAUGUUCGGGUAGUCAGACGAUGUCUCGGGGGUGUGCGCGACCACGCAGAGUCAGCAGAGAAAGCGGUAUCGCUGCUCUGUGAUCUUUUGGAGCUUCUACAUUCGGUCAAAGAUCAGCUUAGCGGAUCGAACGAAAAAUGUCCUUUCGAUUCAUCCCGACUUGCCGUGAUACAAGAGCUUUUAAUCCUUUUUGAAGCUACGCUACAGCUUAUGGAGACCAAUUUUCAUCCCGGAGGGGUGGGUGUGCGAGAGUUUCGUACUUAUCUGCUGGAGCGUACGAUGGUUCCGAGACUAGAACAAUAUAAAGUGGCUUUUCUUCUUGCAACCCAGUCAGAUUCACCUUCGUCUAAGGAACGCUCGGUAACUGAAAUGGAUAUAUACCAACGGCUUCGCCAAUUCUAUGAUAUGGAGACAAAACCCAGCCGUUUCAAAUAUGAAGAUGACGUUAUGCGUACAGCCGACCGAUUGUCUGCCGAAAACUUCAUCACACUCGCCGACCUAUGCAAUAGACGGCAACAUGGAUCAUGUCAGUGGAUUUUGAACAAUCAGCAAUAUCGCCAAUGGUCACAAGGUUCUUUUCGGUCCCUUUACUGUCUUGGGCCUGCUGGAAUUGGCAAGACGUUUCUCUCGUCUGUUGUGAUCGAUCAUAUUCAGCGAACCUUUACGUCUCCCGAUGUCGCAAUCGUCUUUCUCUUCUGCCAUAAAGAGAAGGAUGGAGAAAAUGGCUGCCCGGCGCUCUUGCAAAGUGUACUGGCACAACUGAUUUACCGCCGACGUGCAUUGUCGCAGUCUACAGAAGCCCUUUACAACUUCGAAGCAGCAUCAGGUGCAAAGGCAUCUUCAAAAGCAUAUCAAAAUGCCAUCAGAGCUGAAGUCAAUCAUUUUUCGAAAGUGUUUCUGGUGAUUGAUGGCCUUGAUACCAUAUCUGAUAGGGACCGUUUUUUGAAUCGCAUGCAGAAACUUCCCGAACAUACUCAGCUACUUAUCACGUUACGAGAAUCUUCCGACACAGAGAAAAUCAACUACAUAGAUGUCUCCAGUCCGAAGAAGGAUAUUAGAGACUACGUUGUCUCUCGUCUUGAUAAAGACGCUAAGCUUUCGCGUCUUGGCAUACGAGAGGAAGGUAAUAAAGAAGUGCAAAACGAUGUAAUCAGAUACGUGGUAGAGAAAUCUCAUGGAUCCUUCCUAUUAGCACAACUGCACUUGGAUUUGCUAGCGAGCUAUGAAGAAAAGGCUCUAGCUCACAGUGCUCUUUCUCAUUUACCCGAAAAUCUCGUUGAGACAUAUGCAGAGAUCAUGAAGCGAAUUCUAAGCAAACAUCCACGCUCAAGGAAUUUUAUAUAUUGGACGCUUUUCUGUCGGAAGCCGUUGACGGUAGCAGAGCUCAAAUAUGCCACUAUGGAAGACAAGACAUCCGACGAGUCAGAGAGUGACCAGAGCAAUUCUGAUCUCACUUCUUUUGAAACCAAGCUGCUAACUGAGACUUGCGGACUUUUGACUAUCGACGCUGUCACUGGGACCGUCGGUCUGGUACACAAGACAGCGAAGGACGCCCUUGAACGCAUGGCCGCAGCCAGCAUUGUUUUCGCUACUGCCCACAAGGAAAUCGCCGAGAGAUGUCUGACUCUGAUCUCAAACGAUGAUAUCGUCGAUGACUGCUAUGUCAAGAAAGAGGACUCGUCGAGAAGCUGUCGCGAUACGCUGUUAUUGGAUUAUGCUGCUUCGAAUUGGGGCUACCAUGCAUGUGAUGCGGCCGAGGAGGAGCAGACAAUACAGGUCCUGAUAACGACGUUCCUUAAUAAAAUAUCUUGGAGACGUCCAUCUAAUAAUGACGGUUCGAUCUCUGAUUAUGCAUUCCCCGAAGAGGUUGGAAUUGGCCAAUAUCCAACCGAUUGGACGCCUCUACAUUAUCUCGCAUACUUUGAUAUUGUUUGUCGCGGUAAACGUCUACUUGAGCAAAAAACGGAUGUAAACAUCAACGACAACGCACUUGGAGUCACACCUUUGCACUGCGCAGCUUUUAGAGGCAACGAGGCUAUGCUAGAACUCCUACUCGAUAAUGGAGCUGAUAUUGAUGCACAAACCAAGGAUGGCGACACUGCGUUGCACCUUGCCACAGUCAGAGGCAAGAGGAAAAUAAUGAAGACGCUUAUUGCGCGAGGUAUCGAUACAACUAAGACGAACAACGCAGGUCAUACAGCGUUACACGCAGCGGUCGGAACGCCGGAUGAUGAGGCAACAGUUCCCCUACUAGUAAAAUCUAAGCUUGACGUCAAUGCUCAAAAUUCUGUCACAGGCGACACUCCGCUACAUCUCGCCGUUCAAUUCAAGCGGCCUCGAAUCCUUCUCUACCUUCUGAACAAAAAGGCUAUAGUGGAUACUUUCAACAAGAAAGGAAUGGCACCUCUCCACAUUUCAGCACAUUCGAAUAAUCUCGAAGCGGUCACACUUUUGCUAGAACGUGGCGCAAUUGUGGAAAGUCGAGCAAAUGACGGAAUAACGGCUAUGCACGUUGCGGCUCAAGCUGAAAAUUGGAUCGCAUUUGACUUUCUAGUUGCGGCUGGCGCCGAUAUCAAUGCAUGGGACCUCAAUGGGGACACACUUCUUCACACGAGAGCUAAUAAGCAGCGUGACACUGCAAUCAUCACCAAAUUACUUGAAUUUGGUGCCAAUUUUGAAGCACGCAACUCCAAGGGCUACACGCCGCUACAGGCUGCAGCUUUGAACGGAAACAGGGAUAUGUUCUUUCUCCUUUUAGAGGCGGGKGCAAACAUAGCAGUGGAGACACCUAAAGGUGAAAACCUGCUGCAUAUAACGCCACCAGUCAAUGAAGCUUACUUGGAGAUUCUUCGAGCUUUGCUUACAAGGGGCCUUAGCGUGGAUGCGCUGUCAAGUCAGGGAUGGAAGCCUAUUCACCAAACUGCCUUCAAAGGCACCGGCUCUCCUGAUAUCACUCUAGACAAAAGCCGUGAGCAUUUGGAGAUGCUGAUUGCAUAUGGGGCCGACGUCAAUGCUGUAACCGAGUCAGCCGAAAAAGAAACGGCACUCCACCUUGCAACUAGAGCGUCCAUACCUCGACCCUUGUUUAUAAUGCUUCUCCUCGACCAUGGAGCAGACGUCAAUGCAAAAAAUGGGGAAGGCAAAACAGCACUUCACCUUGCCGCUGCUCGUGGUCGAGAGACACUGUUUAGAAUCUUACUAGAACAUGGGGCAGAUAUCUCAAUCAAAGCACCAGAGCCCCAGAAAGAUGCCCCGAAAGAAAGCCAAGAAACAGAAAAACCCACGCAGGAGAGUCCACAAAAAGAAGCCAAGACUAGCAACGAAAAGCCACCUGCAGCAAAGGAGACGGGUGUAACUGCAUUUGACCUGGCGAAAAAGAACCCCCUUGGGGCUCUUUGGUUUGAUGAGAAAGGGGAAUUACGCCCUGUGACCCCACAGAGUCGCCGUGGUAGUACUGCGACGCUUAUAGAUGAAAGUGAUAUUGAAGAUGACGAUGACUCCGAAACUGCCACUGGUGGAACGACUGUGACUGAGAAUUCUAGUGUACUUACCGAAAGGUGA